CCCCGGGGAGGCUCCUGUGAUGUGAAACGAAACUUAAAGUGCUCUGAAUGAGGAACUGAAAUCGGAGCGUAGCUUGGUCAGAAGGACAGCAGACGGGUCCACACUUCCACGCAGCGAGGACACGCGGACCCUGCAGUGAAGACGAUGAAGAUGAAGACCAAGCAGCUUUUGUUUCCCGUGGUGGUGGUGGUGGUGGUGGUGAUGGUCACUACUACGACUACUGCAUACCCAACAACUACACCAGGUUACCCUGCGCAGGAUUUAAAUGGGAAGAUGUUCACUUUGAGUCUUUACAGAGGAGGAAUAACUUUCUUUCCGCCUUACUAUUCUUCACCCUCUUCAACCAGAGGAUACUACACCACCACCCGUCCCUGGACCUCAGCGUAUCCUACUACGUAUCCUACUGCGUAUCCUACUGCGUAUCCUACUGCGCAUCCUACUAGAGGUGUUUCCGUGUGUCUGCGCUAUGUCACCGACUUUGAUGGGGGUAUGUCAGGUUCCACUUCAUUGUUCACUCUGAGUCCGUCCACCAACCCUCUGCGUCUGACACUCAGUUCCACCGGCCUAUAUUCUUUGGCAUUUAACGGUUACAGCAGCAUGUACUUGAAACCCAGCAUCCAAAUCUGGCCAAGCAAUGGACAGAGCAUCUGGACCAGUGUCUGCGUGACGGUGGACUCGGCAAAGAACGUGGCCCAGGUGUUCAGCGGAUCGAACAUGAGCCCCAGGAAGCUGAUUCCUUCUAAGUAUGUAUGGUCAGGUGAGCCUGUGAUUGAUUUAGCAGGUUUCAGUGGUCAGGUGACAGACAUCCAGGUGUGGGAUUAUCCUCUCCGCUACAAAGAGGUCUUCUACUACUUGUCUCCAGGUUUCUUCGGGCCAAACCCUGGGUCCGUCCUCACCUGGUCCAACAUCAGGUUCUCCCUGAGAGGAGACACACUGAUGGAGGACAGGUACGAGGUGCAGGCUAAAGAGCCGGGGGAGAGAGGCGAACGUCGCCUGAACAGGAAGAGGACGACCUUGAUGUUUUCCAGUGUCAAGCAAAGCGAUAAAGGGAUAAAGGAAGUGGUUUAAUGAAAACCUAAGAUCAGCGUUAAAAGAUAAUUAAAUCAUAAAUGAAUUAAGGAUCACACAUUUGUCGACGCAUUACAUAUAAACAUUUAAUCUGAUAAAGGUGUGUGAUUAUAUUUUCCACACUGUCUAUAUCUAUAUGCUAGUGUGCUAAUUUUCACUAAAUGCUUCUUUAAUUUCGUGAGUCAUUAAAAAUAAUAAAGCCUG